AGAAGGAGCGGGCCUUCGCGGCUCUCACUCCCUCGCGCUCUCUCGGGCAACAUGGCGGGUGUGGAGGAGGCAGCGUCCUCCGGGAGCCACCUGAAUGGCGACCUGGAUCCAGACGACAGGGAAGAGGGAGCUGCCUCUACGGCUGAGGAGGCAGCCAAGAAAAAAAGACGGAAGAAGAAGAAGAGUAAAGGGGCUGCCACGGCAGGGCAACAGGAACCUGAUAAAGAAUCAGGAGCCUCAGUUGAUGAGGUAGCAAGACAGUUGGAAAGACAAGCAUUGGAAGAGAAAGAAAGAGAUGAUGACGAUGAAGAUGGAGAUGGUGAUGGAGAUGGAGCAACUGGAAAGAAGAAGAAAAAGAAGAAGAAGAAGAGAGGACCAAAAGUUCAAACAGACCCUCCCUCAGUUCCAAUAUGUGACCUGUAUCCUAACGGUGUAUUUCCCAAAGGACAAGAAUGCGAGUACCCACCCACACAAGAUGGGCGAACAGCUGCUUGGAGAACUACAAGUGAAGAAAAGAAAGCAUUAGAUCAAGCUAGUGAAGAGAUUUGGAAUGAUUUUCGAGAAGCUGCAGAAGCACAUCGACAAGUUAGAAAAUACGUUAUGAGCUGGAUCAAGCCUGGGAUGACAAUGAUAGAAAUCUGUGAAAAGUUGGAAGACUGUUCACGAAAGCUAAUAAAAGAGAAUGGAUUAAAUGCAGGCCUGGCAUUUCCUACUGGGUGUUCUCUCAAUAACUGUGCUGCCCAUUAUACUCCCAAUGCUGGUGACACAACAGUAUUACAGUAUGAUGACAUCUGUAAGAUAGACUUUGGAACACAUAUAAGUGGUAGGAUUAUUGACUGUGCUUUUACUGUCACUUUUAAUCCCAAAUAUGAUACAUUGUUGAAAGCUGUAAAAGAUGCCACUAACACUGGAAUAAAGUGUGCUGGAAUUGAUGUCCGUCUAUGUGAUGUUGGUGAGGCCAUCCAAGAAGUUAUGGAAUCCUAUGAGGUUGAAAUAGAUGGGAAGACAUAUCAAGUGAAACCAAUCCGUAAUCUAAAUGGACAUUCAAUUGGGCCAUAUAGAAUACAUGCUGGGAAAACAGUGCCCAUUGUGAAAGGAGGAGAGGCAACAAGAAUGGAGGAAGGAGAAGUGUAUGCCAUUGAAACCUUUGGUAGCACAGGAAAAGGUGUUGUUCAUGAUGAUAUGGAAUGUUCACAUUACAUGAAAAAUUUUGAUGUUGGACAUGUGCCAAUAAGGCUUCCACGAACAAAACACUUGUUAAAUGUCAUCAAUGAAAACUUUGGCACCCUUGCCUUCUGCCGCAGAUGGCUGGAUCGCUUGGGAGAAAGUAAAUACUUGAUGGCUUUGAAGAAUCUGUGUGACUUGGGCAUUGUAGAUCCAUAUCCACCAUUAUGUGACAUUAAAGGAUCAUAUACAGCACAGUUUGAACAUACCAUACUGUUGCGUCCAACGUGUAAAGAAGUUGUCAGCAGAGGAGAUGACUAUUAAACUUAGUCCAAAGCCACCACAACAUCUUUUAUUUUCUAAGCUUUGUUGAAAUACAUUAUACCAGAAUUAAUUUGCAACAUGUUGUCUGUUUAACAGUGGACCUAUGUAAUACUUAAGUUUAAAAAGGAAGGAAUUUGAUCAAAGGCAUACCAUCUAAUGUAAUUAACCAAGGAAAAAGCUUUCAGGACUUUGAAAUGUUAACUGUUUUUCCCCUGUCUAGGAAAUGCUUUAGAGCUCAAAUUAGUUAGAAGUGACUUAUACAUUUUGUUUUGAACACCCAAGAGAUGCUUUUCAUAUAUUUAUAUUGCCAUAUUCUUAAUUGAAUGCUUUGAAUGACUACAUCCAGUUCUGCAUCUAUACCCUCUGGUAUUGCUUUUUAACCUUCCUGGAAUACAUUUUCUAAAAAAUAAAGACAUUUUCAGAUCUGAGAGCUACAUUUCAAUGUCUGUGGUUAUAAUUCUACACAGGAAAUAGCCAAACUUAAUGUAGGGAAAUGUAAAGCCUUUUAUCUGGAUUAUAGACUUCUACACUGAAACUUUUCUUCGACGUAGUGGCUAAAACAAGAUCUGUAUGUGAAUAAAGUGGGAGGAGAAUUUUCAUAAAUUAAUACACAGCUUUAGGAAUAUUUUGCCUUUAUUUUCUUUUUAGGACCAUAGGUAGUCCUUGUCUUUCAUUUUUUCCCUGACAUUGGAAAGAUCUACUAAUUGAAACAUGACUUAUAGGAACAUUGAAACCUUGAUUUAGUAAAAUCUUAACGUGUAAUAUCUUUGUCCAGUGGUAGUUUUUAUCGAGAAAUGUAUUCAGCUUACUCAAUAAACCAAAAGGGCAUUUAAAACCACAAAAACAGGAAAACUUCUCAUAUUUGGAUCUUGUUUUAGUUAGAAAAGUUAAAUUGAAUUAGGCUUUUUCAUUAGAGAACCAAUAUUCUUUAACACCCUACCCCUCAACUGGCUUGGAUUCAUAACAUUAUGGGCGUUAUUUCAGGAAGUGAGGUUACAGUGACGCUCAUUAUAGCAGCUAAGUGCAUAAGUUGAAUGUAAGAUGCAUAUUUUGAACUGAGCCCCACUACCAGAACAAAUUACUCAAAUUCUGUGUUAAUGAUUUGUUGGGGAUGUUCCAACAUAAUUUCAAAAUUGUUAUGUACCAAGGUAAAGCCUUAAUUUGUAUAUGUUUUAGCACAAUAAGAUUUAUUGCUUCUGGGAUGCUGUUUAGUUUGUAUUUUGUUGAACGUUUUCCUCAUAGGAAGAUAAACCUGACUUCUAUACUUAGAUCAUUUAUUAUACAUUAAAAAGCUGUUCUUGCAGCAUUCGAGCUAUAAAUGAAUGUUAUCUUGUGGGAUAAACAAUCUAGUUUUUAGCUAUAUGAGCCAUGUUUAUUAUGGUGCUAAUGUUCAAUAGCUACCUUUGAAUAAUUUCUCCAUUUUAUGUGAUGAUGUGCUAGUGGCAGAGCUCACCAGUUCAUGCCCAGACAUGUUAUAGGGCUUGGGCCCUCCAGCUAGCUCUUUUGGGAUUUUGAGUCCAUACUUUUUUGAUGUGCUUUGGUGGGAGGUAUAAAAUAAGUAUCUGGAUUUCUAAGCCCAAGAAUUUUAGAAUUGACCCUAUGAGUGAAGAAUUUUGGAGCUCUGUAAGACCUCUUUAGCAGUAGUGAUCUCAAACCAGUUAGCUCCAAGCUCCCUUCCCAGGUAACUGUUGGGAGCAAUGGCAUCACUGCAUGCCCCUGGAAUGGCUGGAAAGGAUAUGAUCUUGUAAAUAGGAAAGCUGUUACUUAAGAAAAAAAUUGUAUUGUUUACCUAUUAGCCAUGUAUCUCUUGAAAUCAUUUUGUCAUGUGUACAAUGAUGUACCUUAUUGGUAACAAAUUAUUAGUUUUUUUGUUUAACAAUAGUGCCUUUAGUAAAUUAUUUUACAACCAAAACAUGUUGUUUUUUUGUUAGAUCAACUUAGCAGAAUGUAGAAGUCCAUGUUGAGAUGUACAGUAAGAAAUCUAAGUUUCUGUUCAUUGUCUAGGUUUUAGUUUUGUUAUUUUAAUAGACUUAUUUUAGAUCGGUUUUAGGUUCAUAGCAAAAUUGAGCAUAAAGUACAGAAUUCUCAUAUACCCCUUGACCUCACACACACAGCAGAUUUUAGUUGUAAAGGAUUAAAAAGUAAAGGUCUGGGGCCAGCCUGGUGGCAUAGUGGUUAAGUUUGAGUGCUCCACUCCAGCGGCCUGGGGUUUGCAGGUUGGGAUCCUAGGUGUGGACCUGCACACUGCUCACCAAGCCACGCUGUGGCAGCAUCCCACAUACAAAAUAGAGGAAGAUGGGCACAGAUGUUAGCUCAGGGCUAAUCUUCCUCAGCAAAAAGAGGAGGAUUGGCAAUGGAUGUUAGCUGAGGCCAAUCUUCCUAAUGCCCCCAUAAUACUAAAGGUCUAAGUUACUUUAUUUCUUUCUCACGAAUUUUUACAUUGAAUUAAGUAUUGCAACAAGUAUACCAUUACAAACAACAUAGCUUCCAGAGUUAUUUUUAAAAUAAUCCCACUAAAAUUAGGUGCUAAAAUGUAUAGCAGUUAACCUAAGUAUAAAGUAAUCCUUGAAAUUAAAAAAAGCUAGACUCGGGUAUCUUGACCACAUAAAUCUUUAAUGAGGUAUAAUUACGUUAACAGUUGAGGUAACAACUUGCAUAGGUGUUUAAUAAAUGAACAGUUUUAAACCUUAGCCAUUUAAUACUCAAGCUGUAUUUUUGGCAUAAAUAAUUUGUCUGUUCAGUGAUAAAUUCUCAUUGCACUUCACAAUCAGCUGCCUCAGAUGACUUGUUCACUGAAAUUUAAGGAGAAUUUGCUAAUAGAGGACCUUUUCAAGCUUACACUUAUAGAUGAUCACUAGCAGACAAGAGCAUUCUACAGGAUAUUACCUUUCAAUAAAAUUUCAACCUGCAAGCAUACUUAAGAAAAAAGGGAUAAAUGGUCUUCCAGUGGUUAACACUGAGCUAAGAUCUUACAUAGCUGAUCUGCAGAGGUUAGUGGAUUCUCCUCUUUCUGAAUAAAAUUAAGUUAGCAGCAUGGCAUUUUAAAGAUAUCUAGUAAGAUUAUUAGGGAAGAGCAAAGAGUAUUUCAUACUAUAUUUUUAAUAAAAUGCAAGUUUAGAUAAUUUUUAAUUAAAAAAAAAGGGCCCAGUGUUUGACUAAGAGGUUCUUAGUAUUCACAUAAUCCUAGCAAGAGUAAGUAAUCCAGGUUUUAGUUAUUUAGAAAAAUAAGAUGCUGAACAUGUUGCCCAGUUGCCAAUUUUGAAAUUAUCUUAUCUGCUCUAUGCAAUUUUCUUCAAGACUUAUUUUUUUUCCUUUACUAAAAAUUUCAAGAUAUGAUAUGGUACAAAGCUUUAAGAGCUCUAAUGUUAAACAUAAAACGAACUCAUAUCCAAGUUAAACUGUACUUGCAUAAUCAUAAUACACUAUUUGCUAAAUUCAAAUUUUUGAUAUGACUACUUUAUUAGAAUCUAGACAAACCUGUUUGCUGCCAGACAAAUCAUCAUUAUAAGUCCCACCCAGCGUUGUUUUCAUGUUCAUAUUUCUGAAGUCAUUUAAACAUACUAUUUAUAAAGCUGUCAUUUUCAUUUGCAUACAGUUUGACUAUGCCAAAUAAAGAACAAUUAUUAAAACUAUAAAUUUUUGAAAAAAUGAAGUUCCAUUAACUGAAGUAAUGUCUAUUCUGACCCUGUAACACAAAGCCUCAGGAAUAUCAAUGAGUAUGACUGAUUAAUAUUUAGGUGAUACCUUGAUAUUUCACUUUGAAUAGUAGUUUUAACUCCCUUCAAGGGGCAAAGGUGAUUUCAAUAUACAAAUAUUUUUUUGGUAAGACUGCUAGUGAAGAAAAUGUCUAAUUUUCUAUCUAAUAAGAAUUUGUAUAGAAAAUAGCUACAAAAGAUAAGAAUUGUAUAAAAUGAUGCCACCUGAACUUCUUCAGUAGAUUGCACAAAUUCAUGAUCUGAGCCAAUUAAGACAUUAAAAUAUAAAAGAGGUAACACCAGUCUGAAGUAAACACUAAAAGUUUUAAAACUCCUAAGUACUUGAAAAAAGUUUAGUUACCAGCUGUCAUUGAUAUGCACUUAUUUCUGAUAACUUUGU